UGUUUUCUGUCUCACUUUACUUCCUCUAAAGCAUCCUUCCCUCCCUCCCCUUCCUGUCCAAGGCCAUUUUUUCUUUCUUUUUCUGUUCUUUUUUUCUCACCUUCCAAACAGAACCAUUCAUCAUAUGACACUUCUGAGUGUCACAUUCACAGGAAAUAUUUUUGGGGUUUCUGCUUCUUCUUCUGGGUUCUAAAAAUUCAUCACUCAAACACCAAAGAAAAAAGAAAAAACAGAAGAAAUAUUAUUAAGGUUGUAUCAUGUGAAAUGCUAUAUAGUAUGUACUACUACUGUACUUUGGUUUGAUGUUUACCAGAGACCCGACAGUUCUGAACAUCGUAUCCAGAGACUCUGUCAGCUCCGAGCUUCCAAGCAAGCCCCACUUGAUGAAAUGUGUGGAAGAAAUGAUAUGGAGGUUCAGACUUUCAGCUCAGAUCUGGAAUGAAGAAAACUGGUUGAGUUUUAGGUGAACGAAAAUUGUAUAGUUUUUAUAUUUUUCUUCAUUUUCAGAAAUCUGCAAAAAAAACAAAAAGAUACCUUUCUUUCAUGGAAUUCUGAAAGGUUGAUGAUGUUGGAGAGAGAUUAGAAGUUCAGAUCACAACAAGGGAUGAUGGGAUUUUUUUCCUUUCUGCUUUUGUUUGUUUUUCACAUCCACCUGCUCCUAAGUUUGACCUCAGGCGCCAGAAUUUUGUCUUCAAGCAGCGGUGGCGGUGGCGGUGGUGAUGUGGUGGAGAUGUUGUAUGCAUUCAAACAAUCUUCUGUUGUAUCUGAUCCCCACGGCAUCUUAUCUGAUUGGAAACCUGAUUCCACCACUCCUCUCUGCUCAUGGAAAGGCAUCACCUGCUCCUCCGACGGUGCAGUCACCUCCCUCAACCUCUCUAACGCCGGUCUCAUUGGCGGCCUCCACCUUCCGCCUCUGGCCACCCUGCCGAGCCUCCAGCAACUCCACCUGCAGGGCAAUUAUUUCUCUGCUGCUGAUCUCUCUGUGUCCAAUGUAGCAUCAUGCAGACUUGAAACCGUUGACUUGUCCUCCAACAACAUCUCCCAAGCGCUUCCAAUCCGAUCGUUUCUUCAGGACUGCGACCGCCUUGUUUUCGCUAACCUGUCUCGAAAUUUAAUCCCCGGAGGCGAUCUAGGGUUUGGUGCUUCUCUGCUUCAGCUGGACAUCUCUCACAAUCUGAUUUCGAAUGCGGAUUCGUUGACUUGCAACAGUCUGAACUUGCUCAAUAUUUCACACAACAAGCUCACCGGAAAGCUGAGUGAUUCUUUCUUGUCCUGCAAGAAUGUAUCAACCCUUGACCUUUCAUACAAUAGCUUUUCCGGGGAAUUACCGAACAGCUUCAUUGCGAAGGCUUCAGCUUCUCUCAAGUAUUUGGAUCUCUCAAGCAACAAUUUUUCGGGGACGUUUUCCGCCCUUGAUUUCGGGCAGUGCAGCAGCCUCACUUUGCUUAGGCUAUCACACAAUGCACUCUCCGGGGAUCAGUUUCCUCCAAGUUUCGAAAACUGUCAGGCUCUGGAGACGCUAGACCUCUCGAAUAAUAAGCUUGAGAACGAAAUCCCGGGUGUUUUGUUGGGAAAUCUCAAGAAAUUGAGGCAACUAUUUCUUGGUCAUAAUCUUUUUUCGGGUGAAAUUCCAGCCGAACUAGGAAAAGCUUGUGGGACUCUUCAGGAACUUGAUAUUUCUGGUAACAUUCUCUCUGGAGAGUUCCCUUCGAGUUUUUUGUCCUGCACUUCAUUGGUUAGCCUCAAUCUCGGACACAAUCAGCUCUCGGGGAAUUUCCUCAAUACCGUUGUAAGCAGUCUUCCGAGCUUGAGAUAUCUCUAUGUACCAUUCAACAACAUAACUGGUUCUGUGCCGCUGUCUCUUACCAAUGGCACGCAGCUUCAAGUGCUCGAUCUCAGUUCGAACACCUUCACUGGGAACAUUCCUUCAGGGUUUUGCUCCUCCAAUGCUGCAUCAGUUUUAGAAAAGGUGCUUCUAGCUAACAAUUUUCUGUCCGGGAAUGUGCUCGAGCUUGGAAACUGCAAGAACCUGAAUUCCAUUGAUCUGAGCUUCAACCACUUGAGUGGUCCAAUUCCUUCAGAAAUUUGGAGAUUGCCGAAGCUCUCUGACUUGGUUAUGUGGGCAAACAACCUCACCGGUGAAAUCCCAGAAGACAUUUGCAUCGAUGGAGGAAACCUGGAAACUCUGAUUCUCAACAACAAUCUCAUCACUGGAACCAUUCCGCGGUCUAUUGUCAACUGCACCAAUAUGAUUUGGGUGUCACUAUCUGGUAACCGCCUUAGCGGAGAUAUCCCAUCUGGCAUUGGGAAUCUACAUAAGCUUGCUAUACUCCAGUUGGGCAACAAUUCGCUCUCGGGACAGAUUCCAGCUGAGCUUGGCAAGUGUGAGAACCUCAUUUGGCUUGAUUUGAACAGCAAUGGCCUAAGUGGUUCUAUCCCACCAGAGCUUUCCAACCAAGCCGGCCUAGUCCUUCCUGGGAUUGUGUCCGGGAAGCAGUUUGCAUUUGUAAGAAAUGAGGGUGGGACAUCUUGCAGGGGUGCAGGAGGACUAGUUGAGUUUGAGGGAAUCCGAGCAGAAACACUAGAAAAGUUUCCUAUGGUUCACUCGUGCUCGUCGACUAGAAUUUACUCUGGAUGGACAGUUUACACAUUCACCAGCAAUGGCAGCAUGAUCUUCCUUGAUCUAUCCUACAACUCCUUGACUGGAACCAUUCCUGAAAAUUUAGGUACGCUGUCCUACGUACAAGUCCUUAACCUAGGACACAACAAGCUAUCCGGAAACAUUCCUGAUAGCUUUGGAGGAUUGAAAGCAGUUGGAGUCCUUGAUCUCUCUCAUAACAACCUUCAGGGUUUUGUCCCAGGAUCGUUGGGGACUCUCUCUUUUCUGAAUGACCUUGAUGUGUCUAACAACAACCUCACUGGUCCCAUCCCUUCCGGAGGUCAGCUGACCACUUUCCCAGCGUCUAGAUAUGAGAACAACUCCGGCCUUUGCGGGGUACCCUUGGUGGCAUGUAGCUCUCAAAGGCACUCAACAGAUUCCAAAGUUGGAGGGAGAAAUAAUUCUUUGACUUCAGGAAUGGUAAUUGGCGUCACGUUCUUUUUCUUCUGUAUCCUCAUACUUACGCUAAUGCUGUAUCGGGUGAAGAAGUACCAGCAGAAGGAGGAAAAGAGAGAGAAAUAUAUCGAAAGCCUUCCAACUUCCGGUGGCAGCAGCUGGAAACUUUCCAGUGUUCCCGAGCCUCUGAGCAUCAAUGUUGCCACAUUUGAGAAGCCUUUGAGGAAACUGACCUGCCAUCUGCUCGAAGCUACCAAUGGUUUCAGUGCAGACAGCUUGAUAGGCACUGGAGGAUUUGGCGAGGUCUACAAGGCACAACUGGGAGAUGGCUCUGUUGUUGCAAUUAAAAAGCUAAUCCAAGUCACAGGCCAAGGUGACAGGGAGUUUAUGGCGGAAAUGGAAACUAUUGGGAAAAUCAAGCACCGAAACCUGGUUCCUUUGUUAGGGUACUGUAAGAUUGGCGAGGAGAGACUUCUUGUGUAUGAGUACAUGAAAUGGGGAAGUCUGGAGGCUGUUCUUCAUGACAAAUCUAAGGCAGGGGUUUCAAGGCUUGAUUGGGCAGCAAGAAAGAAGAUUGCUAUUGGUUCCGCGAGAGGUCUAGCUUUCCUUCACCAUAGUUGCAUACCUCAUAUUAUCCACCGCGACAUGAAGUCUAGCAAUGUUCUUCUGGAUGAAAAUUUUGAGGCCAGAGUAUCUGAUUUUGGCAUGGCAAGAUUGGUCAAUGCCCUUGAUACUCAUCUCAGCGUGAGCACCCUUGCAGGCACUCCGGGUUAUGUUCCCCCCGAGUACUACCAGAGUUUUCGAUGCACAACAAAAGGGGAUGUCUACAGCUACGGUGUUAUUCUGCUAGAGCUUCUCUCGGGAAAAAGGCCUAUAGACCCGUCAGCAUUUGGUGAUGACAACAACCUGGUUGGAUGGGCAAAGCAGCUUCAGAGAGAGAAGAGAUGGAAUGAGAUACUGGACGCUGAGCUGUUGACGCAGAUAUUUGGUGAGGAUGAACUAUACCAGUAUCUGAGGAUUGCCUUUGAGUGCCUUGAUGACAGGCCAUUCCGAAGACCAAACAUGAUUCAAGUUAUGGCAAUGUUUAAAGAGCUUCAGGUUAGUUCAGAAAAUGACGUCCUUGAUGGCUUUUCGCUGAAAGAGACUGUUGUUGAGGAACCAUAAAAGAAAGACUUAGUUCAUAGCACACGUCAACCGGAGGUGGUUCCAAUGAUCAAAGAAGUUUCUGAAAUCGAAGACGGGAGGUCCUAUCCUUCGCAGUGUGCGGACUGUAUAUAAUAGAACCGUGAAUCGGAGAGAGAUGUAGAAGAAAACGCAUAGGGAGAACAAGGUAAAUGAUGAAGUCUCUUGUUAGCUCAAAGUUGGGGUGAAAUGUAUAUUCGUUUAUUCGAAAAAUCGUGUGUAUAACCAAGACUUCGAAAAGGACUUUGUUUCUUUCUAUUUGGCUUGUGUUCCUUCCUCUCUCACAGUUUUGCUAACUAGUUUCACCAUUGUCCAUCACACUUGGUUUAUGUUCAUAGAAAGCUGAUAUGUGAUUUUGUAAAAUUGUAAUAGCAGUCCUUGAGUAAUUGGAAUCUUUUGCAGUUUGCUUAAUAUAUUUCUGUGAUUGUUUUCA